AGGCGGAAGUCCAAGAUGGCGAUGGACGGAAUGAUGUCCACGUCUCCGGGUCUGUCUUACCAAACAGCGGGGGAUUUUUACCCCAGAAAGUUCGGUUCGAAGCCGGACGUGGUUCCGUCCGGGGUGACGGAGCGGAAGGUGGUUCCGCUGGAUAAACCGGAUAUGGUGUCGGUGGACGUCAUCAAUAUCAAGGAACCAGAUGUUCCCCUGCACAGGAAGAAGCACGAACACGACGCCUACGUCCUGGGGACGAUCCAUCCCUUCAGGAAGACGCACAGAUCCGUCAUCGGGAAGCUCCUGCAGGAAUUCCGGCUGGUUUCCUCGGACAGACGGUCGUGGAGGAUCCUGCUGUUCGGAGCGCUCAACCUGCUGUGCACCGGCUGUCUGCUGAUGUGGUGCAGCUCCACCAACAGCAUGGCUUUAACUGCCUACACGUAUCUCACCAUCUUCGACCUGUUCAGGUGAUUGAUCACCUGUCUCAUCAGCUCCUGGGUGACGAUGAAGAAGCCCAGUCAGGUCUACUCAUUCGGGUUUGAAAGGUUGGAGGUUUUGGCUGUUUUUGCCUCCACUGUCCUGGUCCAGCUGGGAGCUCUGUUCAUCCUGAAGGAAAGUGUGGAGCGCUUUGUGGAGCAGCCGGAGAUCCACACAGGGCGGCUGCUGGUCGGGACGUUCGUCGCUCUGUUCUUCAACCUGCUGACUCUGCUCUCCGUCAGGAACAAACCCUUCUCCUACGUCUCUGACGCGGCCAGCAGCAGCUGGCUCCAGGAACACGUGGCCGACCUGAGCCGCAGUCUGUGCGGCAUCGUUCCGGGCCUCAGCAGCGUCCUGCUUCCUCGGAUGAACCCGUUUGUCCUGAUCAACCUGGCCGGAGCCGCGUCCCUCUGCGUCACCUACAUGCUGAUAGAAAUCAAUAACUACAACGCGGUGGACACGGCGUCAGCCGUCGCCAUCGCCCUCAUGACCUUUGGCACCAUGUAUCCCAUGAGCGUCUACAGCGGCAAGGUUCUGCUGCAGACCACGCCGUCCCACGUCAUCGGCCAGCUGGACAAGCUCCUCAGAGAGGUGUCGACGCUGGACGGCGUCCUGGAGGUCCGGAACGAGCAUUUCUGGACCGUUGGGUUUGGGUCUCUGGCUGGCUCCGCCCACGUCCGGAUCCGGCGGGACGCCAACGAGCAGCUGGUUCUGGCUCACGUCACCAACCGGCUGCUGCCGCUCGUCGCCACGCUGACCGUCCAGAUCUUCAAGGACGACUGGACCCGCCCCCUGCUGAGCGGCGUGCUGUCCUCCCCGGCCGCCGCGCCGCCGCCGGCCCCCGAAGGCUACGCCGCCUCCUUCCCUCCGGUUCCGUACGGCUCAGCGGGAGCCCAGGAGUUCGACCCGCUGACCUCCACCCCCUCCAAGCCCAGCAGCCCCCCGCCGGAGUUCUCCUUCGACACGCCGGGCCGGAACGUGGCGCCGCUGGUGCUGCCCGGCCCGGGCCAGCACGCCCACCGGCCCUACGGAGGCCUGGGACUUUCCUACGGGGCGCCGCCGUACGCCGGGAUGCUGGCGGCGCCGGGCCUGGGCGGGUUCGGACUCCCCUCCUCCCACAGCUACAGGACUGCCUUUGUGGGCUCAACGCCGCCGCUCCGGUUUGGAACCAGCAACCCUUCUGCGCCUCAGUCCCAGUUCAGACACUACCAGCCCUGACCGAAUCGCAUCCAGACACGAGUCUGGAGGAACAUUCAGGAUUAUUUAUUGGAAACAGCAGCUCCACUGGGAGCAAACCAGUCUGGCUGUGGCGGUUCAAGCAUCAGAGAAAUGCUUACA